AGCCAGUGUGUUCUUGUCGUAGGUUCAAGAGGCGGUUUGGAUCCAUUUGAGGAUUCUGGCCUGCAUGUGUGCUGUGUCACAGGCCAAAUGCUUAUUAUGGCCAAAGCAAUGGUCCAUUGUUCACUUCUGAAUGAAGUCUCUCUGUCCUAAUCUGGCCUGAGACUGCAGAUCUGCUCAAAGUCUCACAGCAAUGUGUACACACUCCAAAGUACGGCUAAACAGCGUUGACUAAAUAAUCACCUAAAAGCACAAGUAAUAGGGUACAAAACGCAUGAGUCAGCACAUUUUGCAGAUUGAGGGCUAUUGCUGAAGCAGCAUAGGUUGCAACAGGUAAUGAUCAUACUAGGAUUUUAUACUUGUCUGUCCAAAAUUAACUGAAGUGGCAAGCUUGCCAGUACACAGAGGUGUUAACCUCCUUGAGAGGGAAAAUAAGUGGUUGUUUUGAAUGCUUUUUUGAAUGGCCAACUGUCGGCAUAGUAACUUUUAUUAGGAGAUACACAGUCUUACAACAUGUCACGUGUUUGAACAGAUACUGGGGUCUGAAAGUGGUCAAUAUGUCACUGGCCUGAAUCCAGCCAAUGUCAUACAACAGGGACUUCGAGCAAAGUGUCUCCCAAAAGCAAAUCAACCUUAGAAAAAGUAUCCAAUUCAACUUCAUUGGUUUUAAAAUGACUUGAAUUGUUUACUCCAAAUAAUGUUUGUAUCAACACCAGCAACUUCUAGUGAUAGAAAGCACACAAUCCAUCCACUAGACAGCAGAGGGUACAAUUAACCUGUGGACCUGUUGUCUUUAAUUAAAAACAAUAAUAGCUUUGUGUUCAACUAAUGACACCCAACCUCAUGUUUGUGAGUACCGUAUUUUUUGGACUAUAAGGCGCACCUAAAAACCUAAAAUCUUCUCAAAAGCCGACAGUGCGCUUUAUAGUCUAGUGCGCCUUAUAUAUGGACUAAAUUCCUAAAUUCAAACUGGCCGGAAGCAUUGUGUCAUGAAAUCAAGCAUAAGUGGCCUGCUGAAGACUAUGAAUCAUGAAUCAAAAAGACUAUGGAUCAUUAUUUUGUGAUUAUAAAGUCAUUUGUUGCAUCUGAAGUUGAAAUAAAAAAGAUAAAAUGGAGAAUUAUUUGAUUUGAUUUGGAUUAAAAAUCUGACAUGAUGCAUUAAUGAUGCGCCUUAUAGUCCGGUGCGCCUUAUAUACGGACAAAGUUUUAAAAUGGGCCAUUCAUUGAAGGUGCGCCUUAUAGUCCGGAAAAUACGGUAAAUUGAAACAACAUUCUUAUCAUUAUUUAAUCUCUUAUUUUUGUUUGGUAUUGUAUCACUGAUAUUUUUCAAUGUAAAAUAAGUGGCUUGGCUCAUGAAUGAUUGGGGAACUAUACUUUAGGAUGUGCACACAAGCUGCAUGGUUUUGCUUUGAAUUCUAGUGUGAGCAGGUUGAUAAUGAUGAUAUUGCAAAGAGCUACUGUGUCUUGGACAGCUGCAUUUUGUCUGUUUCCCUUUCUAUGCUUUUUUGUCAUGAAAAUCACUAGAGACGACUGGCUUGUUGGUAUCCAUAGCAGCUUUCAUUGCUACUAUUCCGAUUGCAUAAUUCCCACCCAGACGACGGGAGCCCAAAUUUAUUGCUGCUACAGUUUGACUGCAAUUGCCAGUGAGCCACUUAUUUUAUUCUCGAAGGCAGCUGGGAUUUGUAUAUUAUCAGAAAACUAUGUACAUUGUCUUACAUGAGGACCUAUAGCACCACCUAUCCUGCUAUAAGAUGCCAAUUUGCAACUGCAGUGGGACAGGUCCUGAAGGCAGUUUGAUAAAAUCCAGAGCUGCAGAGAGACAGUUUUCACAAAGGGGGAAAUCAAAAUCAGCUCGUUUUUGGCAAAAUGAUGCCUGUGACCACACAUUAUGGUGCAAGAUUUGUCCAUUAGUUAGUGGCAGAAAACUAAUAUUAAGAGGCAGACUUGACCCGCCCCUUCUCCAGGUCUUACCCACUGUGCUCGAAUGCCAAUCGUACUGUCAGUUGUAAGUGGCAAUAAAGCAUGAGCUAACCCAGAGGCGUAGCCAGGAAUUUUUCCAGUAGGGGCGCGCGCCCACAGGAAAAAAAAUCGAACAUCACCCACGCCGUUCGCUGAUCGCUAAAACAACAUCCGGGUCCGGGAGGCAAACGGUGAAUGGAUAACAUCACGCACAUAGAAUAGCGCAAGCACAUUUGCGCAAGACCGAAAGAAAAAAAUCGGCAUGAAAAUGAAGAAUCGAAAAAGCUCGAUUUUUUUCAACCGGGGCGCAAGGAGUCCUAACCCUCGCCCCGGCUUGGCUACGCCUCUGAGCUAACCACUUCCCCUUCUUGUAUCACAAUAAAGAGAGCAAAUGUUCACCACAGAAUGGCAAACAUUGAAACCAACUGUAUGGCCACAUGACAGGUUUUUACAGCUGCAAUAAAAUUAGCACCUUGAAAUCUAUACAAUACCACUGUCUGUCAGUCUACUGUUUGCGUGUGAAGCCAUAACUACUGUAUGGAGCACAUGUUGGCGGUCACACCUUGGUUUGAUUUGCUUUUUUUACACACAUGGAGAGACAAGACAAUGCACCAGUGGAAAUGACGCUGAUUACAUCCCAAUCAGGGCACGGGUCCCUCGGAGACGCAUCAUGUGGCUACAACAUGACUGAAUGGGAAGAGCUCAUGGACAAGCUGUACACAUAUUUCUACCUGUUGCUCUUCAUCCCAGGGCUGCUGCUAAACACCACGGCUCUGUGGGUCCUCUGCAGACACAUUCGGAAGAAGACCAAGACUGUCAUCUUCAUGAUAAAUCUGGCCUUGGCAGAUUUGAUUCACAUCCUCUCUCUACCCCUAAGGAUUUAUUAUUAUUUAACACAUACGUGGCCCUUUGGACACAGUAUUUGCCUGUUCUGCUUUUACCUUAAGUUUCUCAACAUGUAUGCAGCCAUCGGAUUCUUGGUGUGCAUCAGUGUACAGAGGUGCGUCUUCCUGCUUGACCCCUUCUCUACUCGAAGGUGGAGGAGCCGCUAUGACUUUGUGAUCAGUAUAUUGGUGUGGGUGCUUGUCGCUGUGGCCUGCUCCCCAUUCAUCCUCAUGCGCGCCAAUAGCAGCAACACAUCUCCCUCAACUCUCUCAUUAAACAAGACCUCAUUUGUGAAUGUCACCUUCAGUCAGCAGUCCAAAACCUACACAGGGCUCAACGUGACAUCUUUGAGCGCCGGCCUCGGUGGGUUCAAGAAUGUGACUCAGAUCGGCUGUUUUAAAGACUUGCCCAUGCGGCAUGUGUCCCUCUCUCUGAUUGUCACCUUAAUGGUGUUGGUUGAGGUGUUUGGUUUCAUGAUUCCUCUGUCUUGCAUCAGCUAUAGCUCCAUCCGCAUCAGCCGCUCUCUCUAUCAGAAAAAGAACGACGUUUCGAGCAACUCGACUCCUGGUCCCUCGAUGUGGAGUCGACUCUGCGUGUUCACCUGCGCAGAUAGGAACCAUGAGAAGCCGCAGGCCAAUGGGGAGAAGCGGCGUGCCCUUCGAAUGGUGCUGAUUUGCUCCUUUGUCUUCUUGCUGUGCUUCGCCCCGUACCACAUCAACUUUUUGCUUUAUCUGAUGGUGCAGCAGGACUUAGUGUCUGCGUGUGCCACCAGGGUGGCUGUGCGCCAGUUCCACCCUGUGUCCCUAUGCAUCGCCAACCUGAGCUGCUGCCUUAACCCGCUGCUCUACUACUUCCUAACAGCUGAAUUCAGGUUGCAUCUCAGUAAGCGUACCUCCUCUUUCGCUUCCUCUUCGGUCAACUCUCAGCAUCCUGUGGUGCACAGAUUGUUGAGCUCUGGGAGUGACUCUUCCAAAUGAGAGUAAAACUAAAACAUCUUUUGAGGGUUAGCAAAUACACAGUACUUUAUUCUAUAUGGAUAUAGACAGGAUAUCGAUUCUGUUGAAUUUGCAAAAAUCACCAUCAAAUCGAACUGACCCAAACAUUCUCCGACCUUAUAUCCAGAGAACGUUCUCGCAGCCAAAGAAUUACAAGACAUGAUUACACAUUACAAGCAGAUGUUUGAGAUGUUUUAUCCGUUUAUCAGUCAUUACCUGAAUGGAAAUGUAUAGCACAUACAGUAAGUAGUAAUGUAUUUUCUUAAUCUGCAAAUAAAAGCUCUUGCUUACCUACAAUUUCAGGACAAAA